CCAGGUCGGAGUCGCAGCUGUGUGCUGUCGCCCUGCAUUUCUCUGGAGGGAAGUUGGGGAGGCUUUUUGCGGAUUUGGAGAUCAUUUAACUCUGAAGUAACCGGUCCUCUAUAACCGUCCAAAAAUGGCGGCCGUUGAGGAAAUAGAGGAAUAUGAGGAGUAUGAGGAGUAUGAGGAGGAGAUUAUUGAGGAGAUGUCCACGACGACUGUCACUCGUCAAAGUCAUCAAACCACUGAGACUCAGGCUGGCAUGCCUACGAGGAAAGUCAGGAAGAGGGUCGCAGUGGAUACUUCUAAGUUCAUGACCCCCUACCUGGCUCACAGCAUGAAGAUGUUGGAACAAUACAGCCACAAUAUGUACCGGAAGGCGUAUGACCUGUCCAGGGGAACGCCCCCUGUCCACAUCGCUGACACCCCUGAGAUGGUGCGCAUCAGGAAGGCUCAGGAACAGCUCAGUGAGGUCAAGUACCGCAUGGAGGGAAACAAGGCCCGGGCGGGCAGCCUGUACGACGGCGAGGCCAAGGAGAUCGCCCAUGUCAAGCACAUGUCCGAGCUGCUAAGCAAGGUUCUGUACAGGCAGAAGUGGGACGAGACGAAGGACAGGUACCUGCUGCCCCCCGAUGCCCCUGAGCUGGUCCUGGCCGUGAAGAACGCUGCCAACUACAGCAAGAAACUGUACACUGAGGACUGGGACCUGGAGAAGGCCUCGUUCCUCCCUUACAGCGACAGCCCCGAGCUCCGCAGGGUGGCCAAGGCCCAGGAGGCCCUGAGUGAUAUUCAGUACAAGAAGGGCUAUGAUCAGCGCAAGCUGAAGUUCACCUCCCUGGCGGAUCGCCCAGAUGUGGAGCUGGCCAAGAAAGUUUUCACCCAGCGCAGCGACCUUAAGUACAAGGAGGACUACAACAAGAACGUGAAGGGCCAAUGGUGUGAGACGCCCUACUUCGAUGUGGCCACGGCCAGGGUGGCCAUGGAGAACCUUAGCAGUAGAAGAUACACGCAAGACUGGGAGGCGGCGAAAGACCAAAUCAACUUCAUGCAGACGGAAACGCCCGUUUACGACACGAACAAGAAGGCCGGCACCAGUGCCAGCUCGGUGAAAUACAGGAAGGACUACGAGAAGACGAAAGACAAGUCUGACUACAACACGCUCCCUGCCACAGAAAACCCCCUCCUCAGACAGCUCAGAUACGCCGGCACUAUCCUCAGUGAUAAAGUUUACAAGAAGAAUUAUGAGAAAUCCAGAGGUUUCAGCAUCAACUACUGUGACACACCAAAGUUCAAGAUGGAUUCUGUUCUCAAAAAAUUCACUGAUACACACUAUCAAGACAAGUAUAAGAAUGAGGUGCAGGGCCACUAUAUCGGCAGCUAUGAAGACAUCUACAUGCUCCAUUGCCAGAAAGUUGAGGGAUUCAAGAGCGAGCAAAAUUACAAAGCUGAGUAUGAAGACAUCAAGACGAGAUGCUUCUUCCCUCAAACCAUCACGCCCGAAUACGAAGUCGACAAGAAGCUUGCGCAGUGUAAAGAUAAAGUGUACCGUCAACAUCCGGACAAGGUGAAAUUCACGCAGGUCACGGAUUCGCCAGUUCAAGUUCAGGCCGCCCUCAACGCCAUACAGCUAAGUGAUAUCAAUUACAAGGCCAAGUAUGAGCAGACAAAGACCAAGAAUUCCCUGCCUGCGGAUUAUCCCUUCUUUAUUCAGUCCAGAGUUAACGCCUUCAACCUGAGUGAAAACUGCUACAAGUACAAUUGGGAAAAAGAAAAGGCCAAGCGGUUCGAGAUGAAGGGGGAUGCAAUUUCGAUCCUUGCUGCCCGUGCUCACACAAACAUCGCCAGUGACGUGAAAUACAAGAAGGAAUACGAGAAGAACAGAGGCCGCAUGGUGGGAGCCCUCAGCAUCCACGACGACCCCAAGAUCCUGCACUCCGUCCACGUGGCCAAGAUCGUGAGCAAUCGCGAGUACACCAAGGACUACGAGAAGGUCAAAACCAAGUACCACACCUCGUUGGACAUGAUGUCCGUCACACUGGCCAAGAAGUCCCAGGCCAUCGCCAGCAUGACUGGCUACAAGAAGAUCAGCAACCGCUACCUCAUGCCCUACGACGCUAUACUGGUUGACUUGGCCAAGAAGGCCAACAGCAUCCAGAGCGAUAACGAGUACAAGUCUGAUUACAACCAAUACACCAAGGGUAGUCCCUGGAUUACUUUCGGUUCAAUGGAUGUGGAGCUGGCAAAGAAAGCUGGAGAGAUUCUCAGUGAGAAAAAGUAUAGGAAGCACCCAGACACGGUCCCUUUCACUGCUAUCGACGACCACCCCGUCAUGCUGCAGGCCAGAGUCAACCAGCUUCAGAGGAGCGACCUGUUCUACAAGAAAGGACUGGAGGAGAUCCAUCAGAAGUAUUCUCUACCAAUUGACAUGCCUGAAUUGCAACUGGCCAGAGCCAAUUCCUACAACAUCAGCAAGAACUACUACAAGGCGGCCUGGGAGGAGACCAUUUCCAAGGGCUAUGACUUGAAGCUUGAUGCUAUCUCCAUCAAAGCCGCAAAGGCCGCAAGACAUGCAGCUAGUGAUAUCCAAUACAAGAAGGCCUAUGAGAAGGCUAGGGGCCACCACGUGGGCUUCCGUAACAUCAAGGACGACCCCCUGCUGGUGCACUACAUGCAAGUGGCCAAGAUGCAGAGUGAGAAGAACUACAAGAAGGACUACCACAAGUCCAAGCUGAAGUACCACUCCCCAGUAGAUAUGAUGAGCCUGGUGCAUGCCAAGCAGGCCUCCAAAGCUCAAACCUAUGCUGGGUACAGAAAGAUCCAGCACCACUACAGUCUCAUGCCUGAUGCCAUGAACCUGGUUCUGGCACGCAAAAUGAACACCGAUGCCAGUGACUGUGAAUACAAGUCAGAGUGGAACAACUACGUCAGAGGCACUGGCUGGGUCCCCAUCGGCUCAAUUGGGGUAGAGACGGCUAAGAUUGGCGGCCAGAUCCAGAGUGAAAACAAGUACCGCACCCAUCCAUCUACCUUCAAGUUCAGCAAGCUGAUGGACUCCAUGGACCUGGAACUGGCCACCGCCAACAACAAGAUAAUGAACAAGCAAGCAUACACUUCGGCUUGGGAGAAGGACAAGCGUACUAUCCAUGUGAUGCCAGAUUCACCUGAGAUUGUGCUGGCCAAGGCCAAUGCCAUCACCAUGAGCGACAAACUGUAUAAGGCUGGCGUUUCGGAAAUGGCGAAUAAGGGAUAUCACCUCAAAGGAGAUGCUAUUCCUAUUGUGGCUGCCAAAUUGGGCACCAAAAUUGCUAGCAACUACAAGUACAAGCUGGACUAUGAGAAGGCUAGGGGCCACCACGUGGGCUUCCGUAACAUCAAGGACGACCCCCUGCUGGUGCACUACAUGCAAGUGGCCAAGAUGCAGAGCGAGAAGAACUACAAGAAGGACUACGAAAAGGCUAAGCUGAAGUACCACUCUCCAGUAGACAUGAUGAGCCUGGUGCAUGCCAAGGAGGCAUCCAAGGCUCAAACCUAUGCUGGGUACAGGAAGAUCCCCCACACCUACUUCCUGCUCCCCGAUAACAUGCAGCUGCAGCUGUGUCGUAAAAUGCAGGAAAUCCAAAGCGACAAUGAAUACAAGUCAGAGUACAACAACCUUUACAAAGGAACAGGCUGGGUUCCUAUUGGCUCCAUUGACGUAGAGUUGGCCAAGACUGCCAACUCAGCACUGAGGGAACAUGGCUACCGCCAGCACCCCAGCUCUUUCAAGUUCACCAGCAAGACUGACUCUAUGGAUAUGGUUCUGGCCCUGGCCAAUUCAAAGAUAAUUGACCAGGCUGCGUACAAAGCCUCUGGGGAGAAGGUCAAGCACACUUACCAUCUGCCAGCGGACGCCCCUGAGUUCAUCCAGGCCAAAUUCAAUGCCCAGACCAUGAGCAAGUCUCACUACAAGCAGAAGUGGGUUGAACACAUCGCCAAGGGAUAUGACAUGAGACCUGAUGCCAUCUCUAUCCUCCAUGCCAAGCAAGGCAGGCACAUCGCCAGUGACAUCCAAUACAAGAAGGCCUAUGAGAAGGCUAGGGGCCACCACGUGGGCUUCCGUAGCAUCAAGGACGACCCCCUGCUGGUGCACUACAUGCAAGUGGCCAAGAUGCAGAGUGAGAAGAACUACAAGAAGGACUACGAAAAGGCUAAGCUGAAGUACCACUCCCCAGUAGACAUGAUGAGCCUGGUGCAUGCCAAGGAGGCAUCCAAGGCUCAAACCUAUGCUGGGUACAGGAAGAUCCAGCACCAUUACAAUCUCAUGCCUGAUGCCAUGAACCUGGUUCUGGCCCGCAAAAUGAACACCGACGCCAGUGACUGUGAAUACAAGUCAGAGUGGAACAACUACGUCAGAGGCACUGGCUGGGUCCCCAUCGGCUCAAUUGGGGUAGAGACGGCUAAGAUUGGCGGCGAGAUCCAGAGUGAAAACAAGUACCGCACCCAUCCAUCUACCUUCAAGUUCAGCAAGCUGAUGGACUCCAUGGACCUGGAACUGGCCACCGCCAACAACAAGAUAAUGAACAAGCAAGCAUACACUUCAGCUUGGGAGAAGGACAAGCGUACUAUCCAUGUGAUGCCAGAUUCACCUGAGAUUGUGCUGGCCAAGGCCAACGCCAUCACCAUGAGCGAUAAACUUUAUAAGGCUGGAGUCAUGGAGAUGGCUAAAAAGGGAUAUCACCUCAAAGGAGAUGCCAUCCCUAUUGUGGCUGCCAAAUUGGGCACCAAAAUUGCUAGCAACUACAAGUACAAGCUGGACUAUGAGAAGGCAAGGGGCCACCACGUUGGCUUCCGUAACAUCAAGGACGACCCCCUGCUAGUGCACUACAUGCAAGUGGCCAAGAUGCAGAGUGAGAGGAACUACACGAAGGACUACCAAAAGUCUAAGCUGAAGUACCACUCCCCAGUAGACAUGAUGAGCCUGGUGCAUGCCAAGGAGGCAUCCAAGGCGCAAACCUAUGCUGGGUACAGAAAGAUUGAGCACCAUUACAAUCUCAUGCCUGAUGCCAUGAACCUGGUUCUGGCCCGCAAAAUGAACACCGAUGCCAGUGACUGUGAAUACAAGUCAGAGUGGAACAACUACGUCAGAGGCACUGGCUGGGUCCCCAUCGGCUCAAUUGGGGUAGAGACGGCUAAGAUUGGCGGCGAGAUCCAGAGUGAAAACAAGUACCGCACCCAUCCCUCUACCUUCAAGUUCAGCAAGCUGAUGGACUCCAUGGACUUAGAACUGGCCACUGCCAACAACAAGAUAAUGAACAAGCAAGCAUACACUUCAGCUUGGGAGAAGGACAAGCGUACUAUCCAUGUGAUGCCAGAUUCACCUGAGAUUGUGCUGGCCAAGGCCAACGCCAUCACCAUGAGCGAUAAACUUUAUAAGGCUGGAGUCAUGGAGAUGGCUAAAAAGGGAUAUCACCUCAAAGGAGAUGCCAUCCCUAUUGUGGCUGCCAAAUUGGGCACCAAAAUUGCUAGCAACUAUAAGUACAAACUGGAUUAUGAGAAAGCCAGAGGCCACCACGUUGGCUUCCGCUGUAUCCAGGAUGACCCCCUGCUGGUGCACUACAUGCAACUAGCCAAGCAGCAGAGUGAGAAGAACUACAAGAAGGACUACGAAAAGGCUAAGCUGAAGUACCACUCCCCAGUAGACAUGAUGAGCCUGGUGCAUGCUAAGGACGCAACCAAGGCUCAAACCUAUGCUGGGUACAGAAAGAUCCAGCACCACUAUAGUCUCCUGCCUGAUGCCAUGAACCUGGUGCUGGCCCGCAAUAUGCAGGUCAACAUCAGCGAUAACCAGUAUAAGUCAGACUAUGAAUCAUACUGCAAAGGAAUCGGAUGGAUUCCUAUUGGCUCAUUGGAUGUUGAGAAAGCGAAGAUCGCUGGGAAGAUUCAAAGUGAGAAGCUGUACCGUCAGCACCCGAGUAACCUGAAGUUUACUAAGGACAUGUUCUCCAUGGACCUCACACUGGCAACUGCUAACAACCAAAUCAUGAAUAAGCAAUCCUAUACCAAAACCUGGGACACGGACAAGACCAAAAUCCACAUCAUGCCCGACGCUAUGGAUGUUGUCUUGGCAAAAGCAAACAACAAAAAUUACAGCGAGAAACUUUACAAGCUGGACAAUGAGCUGUCCAAGAAGAAGGGUCACAAUGUCCGCAAAGAUGCUAUCGCAAUCCUGGCCGCCAAAAACUGCACUACCAUUGCCAGUGAUUACAAGUACAAGGCAGGAUACCGCAAGCAGGUGGGUCACCAUAUUGGUGCUCGCUGCGUCGAGGACGACCCUCUGCUCGUGCUGGCUCUGAACUCAGCCAGGAUUGCCAGUGAUGCUCUGUACAAGAAGGACUUCAACAAGUCAAAGACUAAGUUCAAUCUGCCAGUCGACAUGAUGGCCUUUGAACUGGCCAAGAAGAACCAGAUCCAGGUCAACCAUGCCAACUACAUCACCCGCCUGCACAACUGGACCUGCCUGCCCGACUCCACUGAUGUUGUCAACGCCAGAAGAGCAUAUGAGAUCCAGAGUGAUAAUUACUACAAGGAAGAUCAGAAGCUGAUGCAGGGUAUUGGGUGGGUGCCCAUAGGAUCAUUAGAUGUUGAGAAAGCCAAGAAGGCCGGUGAGAUCCUGAGUGAACAUCUGUAUCGCAAGCACCCCAGCAACUACAAGUUCACCUCCAAAUGCGAUGCAAUGCCCUUAGUGUUGGCUAAAGCCAAUGCUCAGAUCACUAACAAGAAAGCCUACCAUGAUGCCUGGGAUAAGGAGAAGUCCAAUAUCCACAUCAUGCCAGAUGCCAUGGAUGUCGUUCUGGCCAAAGCCAACAGGGCAAACUACAGCAUCAAAAGAUACAAGCAGGCCAAUGAAGACGCCAAGAAGAAGGGCUAUGACCUGCGCAAUGAUGCCAUUGGUAUUAUUGCAGCCAGGGCUCAAAGGAACAUUAUCAGCGACAUCAAGUAUAAGGCAGGAUACCGCAAGCAGGUGGGUCACCAUAUUGGUGCUCGCUGCGUCGAGGACGACCCUCUGCUCAUGCUGGCUCUGAACUCAGCCAGGAUUGCCAGUGAUUAUCUGUACAAGAAGGACUUCAACAAGUCAAAGACUAAGUUCAAUCUGCCAGUCGACAUGAUGGCCUUUGAACUGGCCAAGAAGAACCAGAUCCAGGUCAACCAUGCCAACUACAUCACCCGCCUGCACAACUGGACCUGCCUGCCCGACUCCACUGAUGUUGUCAACGCCAGAAGAGCAUAUGAGAUCCAGAGUGAUAAUUACUACAAGGAAGAUCAGAAGCUGAUGCAGGGUAUUGGGUGGGUGCCCAUAGGUUCAUUAGAUGUUGAGAAAGCCAAGAAGGCCGGUGAGAUCCUGAGUGAACAUCUGUAUCGCAAGCACCCCAGCAACUACAAGUUCACCUCCAAAUGCGAUGCAAUGCCCUUAGUGUUGGCUAAAGCCAAUGCUCAGAUCACUAACAAGAAAGCCUACCAUGAUGCCUGGGAUAAGGAGAAGUCCAAUAUCCACAUCAUGCCAGAUGCCAUGGAUGUCGUUCUGGCCAAAGCCAACAGGGCAAACUACAGCAUCAAAGGAUACAAGCAGGCCAAUGAAGACGCAAAGAAGAAGGGCUAUGACCUGCGCAAUGAUGCCAUUGGUAUUAUUGCAGCCAGGGCUCAAAGAAACAUUAUCAGUGACAUCAAGUAUAAGGCAGGAUACCGCAAGCAGGUGGGUCACCAUAUUGGUGCUCGCUGUGUCGAGGACGACCCUCUGCUCGUGCUGGCUCUGAACUCAGCCAGGAUUGCCAGUGAUUAUCUGUACAAGAAGGACUUCAACAAGUCAAAGACUAAGUUCAAUCUGCCAGUCGACAUGAUGGCCUUUGAACUGGCCAAGAAGAACCAAAUCCAGGUCAACCAUGCCAACUACAUCACCCGCCUGCACAACUGGACCUGCCUGCCCGACUCCACUGAUGUUGUCAACGCCAGAAGAGCAUAUGAGAUCCAGAGUGAUAAUUACUACAAGGAAGAUCAGAAGCUGAUGCAGGGUAUUGGGUGGGUGCCCAUAGGUUCAUUAGAUGUUGAGAAAGCAAAGAAGGCCGGUCAGAUCCUGAGUGAACAUCUGUAUCGCAAGCAUCCCAGCAACUACAAGUUCACCUCCAAAUGCGAUGCAAUGCCCUUAGUGUUGGCUAAAGCCAAUGCUCAGAUCACUAACAAGAAAGCCUACCAUGAAGCCUGGGAUAAGGAGAAAUCCAAUAUCCACAUCAUGCCCGAUGCCAUGGAUGUCGUUCUUGCUAAAGCCAACAGGGCCAACUACAGCAUCAAAAAAUACAAGGAGGCCAAUGAAGAGUCCAAGAAGAAGGGCUAUGACCUGCGCAAUGAUGCCAUUUCUAUUAUUGCAGCCAGGGCUCAAAGGAACAUUGUCAGCGAUUACAAGUAUAAAGCAGGAUACCGCAAGCAGACUGGUCACCAUAUUGGUGCUCGAUGCGUCGAGGACGACCCUCUGCUCGUGCUGGCUCUGAACUCAGCCAGGAUUGCCAGUGAUGCUCUGUACAAAAAGGACUUCAACAAAUCCAAGACCAAGUUCAAUCUGCCAGUCGACAUGAUGGCCUUUGAACUGGCCAAGAAGAACCAGAUCCAGGUCAACCAUGCCAACUACAUCACCCGCCUGCACAACUGGACCUGCCUGCCCGACUCCACUGAUGUCGUUCACGCCAGACACGUGUAUGAGAUCCAGAGUGAUGCUGUUUACAAAGCUGACCUGAAGUGGCUACAAGGCAUGGGAUGGGUCCCGAUUGGCUCGCUUGACGUGGAGAAGACAAAGAAGGCUGGAGAGAUCCUGAGUGAAAGGAAGUAUCGCCAGCCCGCCAGUUCCCACAAAUUCACCAGCCCACUUGACGCCAUGGAGAUUGUUCUAGCAAAGAACAACGCCUUGACCAUGAACCAGCGUUUGUACACUGAGGCCUGGGAGAAGGACAAGACCAAGCUGCACAUCACUUCUGAAACCCCAGAGAUCAUCCUGUCCCAGCAGAAUGCUAUCAACAUGAGCAAUAAAAAAUACAAGCAAGGCUAUGAGGAUACCAUCAAGAAGGGCUAUUACCUGCCUGGGGACGCCAUCUCUGUGAAGAGUGCCAAACACUCUAGAAACAUCAUCAGUGAUUACAAGUACAAGGCAGGAUACCGUACCCAGGUGGGGCACCAUAUUGGUGCUCGCUGCGUCGAGGACGACCCUCUGCUCAUGCUGGCUCUCAACUCAGCCAGGAUUGCCAGUGAUUAUCUGUACAAGAAGGACUUCAACAAGUCAAAGACUAAGUUCAAUCUGCCAGUCGACAUGAUGGCCUUUGAACUGGCCAAGAAGAACCAGAUCCAGGUCAACCAUGCCAACUACAUCACCCGCCUGCACAACUGGACCUGCCUGCCCGACUCCACUGAUGUUGUCAACGCCAGGAAGGCCUACGAUCUCCAAAGUGAUGCUGUGUACAAGGCUGACAUGGAGUUCAUGAAGGGUAUUGGAUGGGUCCCCAUUGGCUCGCUUGAUGUUGUGAAGGCUAAGCAUGCUGGAAAGAUCCUCAGCGACCAUCUUUACAAGCAGAAAACAGACAAACUGAAAUACACAUCGGACACGAAAGCCAUGCCCAUGCUCUUGGCAAAAGCAAAUGCUGAGGUUAUGAACAAGAAGAGCUAUGUGGCUGCCUGGGAGAAAGAUAAGAUCAAGACCCAUCUAAUCCCAGAUCUGCCUGAGAUCCUGCUCUCUAGAUCCAAUGCAUACAACCUCAGCAAUAAAAUGUACAAGGAGGACGUAGUCAAGAUGUUCAGGAAGGGCUACCACCUGAAGGGCGAUGCCAUUGCUAUUGUGGCUGCUAAGAAGGGAAGGGAGAUCAUCAGUGACAUCAAAUACAAGGCAGGAUACCGCAAGCAGGUGGGUCACCAUAUCGGUGCCCUGAGUGUCCGGGACGACCCUCUGAUCAUGCUGGCUCUGAACUCAGCCAGGAUCGCCAGUGAUGCCCUGUACAAGAAGGACUUCAACCAGUCCAAGACCAAGUUCCACCUGCCAGUGGACAUGCUGACAAUUGAGCUGGCCAAGAAAUGCCAGGUCCAAGUCAAUGACUUCAACUACAGGACACGCCUGCACAACUGGACCUGCCUGCCGGACUCCACCGAUGUAGUCCAGGCCAGGAAGGCAUACGACCUCCAGAGUGACGCCGUUUACAAAGCAGACAUGGAAUGGAUCAAGGGACAAGGCUGGGUUCCCAUCGGCUCACUGGACGUGGAGAAGGCUAAGAAGGCAGCAGAGAUCUUGAGCGAAAGGAAAUACCGCGAGCACCCAAGCAAAUUUAAGUUCACCGCCAAGACAGAUGACAUGCCAUAUGCCCUUGCUAAGGCCAAUGCUGAGAUCAUGAACAAGCAAUCAUAUGUCGCUGCCUGGGAAAGUGAUAAGACAAAGCUCCACAUCAUGCCCGACACCCCAGAGAUCAUCCUGGGCCAGCAGAACAAGCUCAACAACAGUCGGAAAUAUUACCGUGAAGCCUACGAGGAAACUCUUAAGAAGGGCUACUAUCUGCCAAAGGAUGCAAUCUCUGUUCUAGCAGCCAGGGCCUCUCGGAACAUAAUCAGUGAUUAUAAGUACAAGGCCGGCUUCCGCAAGCAGUGCGGACACCACAUUGGAGCCCUGAGUGUUCAGGAUGAUCCGUUGCUUAUGAUGGCCGCCAAUGCAGCCAAGAUCUUCAGCGCCAACCUGUACAAGCAGGACUUCCACAAGACCAAGACCAAGUACAAACUGCCCGUAGACAUGGUUGCCUUUGACCUGGCCAAGACAGCCCAAAGCCACAUGAAGGAAGUCACCUACAGGACCCGUCUGCACAACUGGACCUGCAUGCCUGACAACACUGAUGUGGUUCAUGCAAGGAAGGUGUACGACCUCCAUAGUGAUGCUGUGUACAGGGCUGAUAUGGAGUGGAUCAGAGGGUGUGGUUGGUCACCACAGGACUCAGUGGAUGUGGUCAAGGCCAGGAAUGCCCAGAAAAUCUUGAACGAAAACCUCUACCGCCAGGCCCCGAGCACUGUCAAGUUCACCAGUGUAGUUGACCUCCCUGCGAUUGUCCUGUCCAAGCAGAAUGCUGAAAACAUUAGCGAGAUGAAGUACACAGCAGCCUGGAAUAAAGACAAGCUAACUUUCCACCUGAAACCGGACAUCCCCUCCGUUCAGCUCGCCAAGGCCAACGCAAUCAACAUCAGCAACAAACUGUACACCAAAGCAUGGGACAACCAGAAGGCCAAGGCCUACCACAUUAAGGAGGACACCAUCGCUGUCCUGAAGGCCCGAGCCUCCAGAGAUAUCAUAAGUGACUACAAAUACAAGACAGGAUACCGCAAGCAGGUGGGUCACCAUAUCGGUGCCCUGAGUGUCCGGGACGACCCUCUGAUCAUGCUGGCUCUGAACUCAGCCAGGAUCGCCAGUGAUGCCCUGUACAAGAAGGACUUCAACCAGUCCAAGACCAAGUUCCACCUGCCAGUGGACAUGCUGACAAUUGAGCUGGCCAAGAAAUGCCAGAUCCAAGUCAAUGACUUCAACUACAGGACACGCCUGCACAACUGGACCUGCCUGCCGGACUCCACCGAUGUAGUCCAGGCCAGGAAGGCAUACGACCUCCAGAGUGAUGCAGUGUACAAGGCUGAUAUGGAAUGGAUCAGAGGAUGUGGAUGGGUGCCACAUGAGUGUGUUGAUGUGGUCAAGGUGAAGCACGCACAGAAGAUCCUGGCCGACAGAGGAUACCGUGUUAAGUUGGACACGCAGAAGUUCACUGCCCCUGUUGACAGAAUGGACUUUGUCUGUGCCAAGAAUGCUGCUGAAGUGCUUAAUGACGCUAAGUACCGUGAGGCUUGGCACACAGACAAGUCUAAGUUCUCACUGGUGGACACUCCAGGUCUCGCUACAUCCAGAGAGGUGGCCAAGAUCAUGCACCCGAAACUGUACACUAAAGAUUGGGAUAAAGUCAAAGCCACUGGCUACUUCAUGCCAGGAGAUGCAGUGCCCAUCAAGCAAUGCACUCAAACCACCAAAGUGCAAAGUAGUCACAAGUACUUGGAGGGCUACCGCAAGCAGGUGGGCCACCACAUCGGAGCACUCAGUGUGUUUGACGACCCUCUGAUCAUGCUGGCUAUGAACUCAGCCAAGAUCGCCAGUGAGGCCCUGUACAAAAAGGAUUUCAACAAGUCUAAGACCAAGUUCCACCUGCCAGUGGACAUGCUGACAAUUGAGCUGGCCAAGAAAUGCCAGAUCCAAGUCAAUGACUUCAACUACAGGACACGCCUGCACAACUGGACCUGCUUGCCGGACUCUACCGAUGUCGUCAAUGCCAGGAAGGCCUAUGACCUCCAGAGUGACUUUGUCUACAAGGCAGACCUUGAAUGGAUUCGUGGCUGUGGAUGGGUUCCGGCAGAAUCUGUUCAUCACGUCAAAGUCCGGAAGGCCCAGGAGAUUCUAAACGAGAGGCUCUACAAGAAGGGUGCCAUAGAAAACUUCAGCAAGUACACCCACGUAGUCGACCGUCCUGAGCUUAUCCUGGCUAGGGUUGCAGCUGCCAACCUCAGCGAUCUCAAGUACAAAGAGACCUUCAAUAAUGAGAAGGGACACUACAUUGGUUCAGAGGACACGCCUCAGUUGGCCCACAGCAGGGAGUGUGCCAAGAACAUCAGUGAGAAAUCUUACAAACAAGGUUGGGAUGAAAGCAAGGCCACUGGCUAUCAGCUGAACCAGGACUACAUACCUCUGCUGUCUGGCAAGAAGGGCAGGGAGAUCAUCAGCGAUGCAAAGUACCAUGAGUCCCAUGAGAAGGCCAAGGGCCACUACAUGGCCAACACCCUGGUGGACUUCCCCGAGGUUGUGCGCUGCGGAGAACAGGAGAAGGCGAAGGCUCUGAGGGUCUACCAGAAGGAAUACCACGAAUCCAAGACCAACAACCACAUCCCAUCGGACAUCAUUGCCAACCAGGUGGCCAAGAGGUGCCAGGACAUGCUGAGCGAUGUCAUCUACCGCACCCACUUGCACCAGUGGACCUGCCCCCCUGACCAGUUGGACACCGUCCGUGCCCGCAAGGGCAACGAGAUCCUCAGUGAUGUCUUCUACAAGGAGGAUUUGACAUGGAUGAAGGGCAUGGGUUGCUAUGUGUGGGAUACACCUGAGAUUGUCCGUGCCAAGAAGUCCUACGAGCUGCAGAGUGAACUGAAAUACAAAGAAGCAGGCAAGAAGGAAUUCAACAACUACUCCAUUGUGACGGACACCCCAGUCUAUGUCACUGCUAUCCUGGGUAGCACCUGGGCCAGUGAGCUUAACUACAGAGAGGCGUACCAUAAGGAGAAGCACCUGUACACCACCAUCCUGGACACUCAUGACUACGCCAGAUGUCAUGACUUCAAACACUUCUUCAGUAACAAAAUCUACACAGCUGCCUGGGACAAGAUCAAGGCCAAGGGCUACAAAAUUCCCCAUGACUCCCAUGCCAUGAUGCACGCCAAGCAACAGAAGGUCAUCCUGAGUGGUGUGAAGUACAAGGAGGACUAUGAGAAGUUCAAAUCCCUCUACAGCCUGCCCAAGUGUCUGCAGGACGAUCCCGCCACUGCUCGCUGCAUCAAGGCCGGGAAACUCAACCUCGACCGCCUGUACAAAGAAGACUAUGAGAAGACCAAGGCCAAGAAUCACAUCCCAGCUGACAUGCUGGACAUCGUGUCUGGUCGUGAGGUCCAGAGAAACGUCAGCGAGAUCAACUACCGCAAGCGCCUGCACCAGUGGGUCUGCCUGCCUGACAUGCAGGUGUUCGUGCAGGCCCGCAAGGUCAACGAUCAGCUCAGCGACAUCUUCUACAAGGAUGACCUUAAUUACCUCAGGGGCAUUGGAUGCUAUGCCUGGGACACUCCGGAGAUCCUCCGUGUCAAGACUGCCGGUGAUCAGCAGAGCGAGAACAAGUACAAAGCCAAGGCCGUGGAGGCAUACAAAGACUAUACCGUUGUCCUGGACACUCCAACCUAUGAGACCGCCAAGCAGAACGCUGUCAACUUGAGCGAUUUACACUACCGCCUUGACUACAAUGCCAACGUUAAGGGCACCAACACCGCACCUGCUGUCACCAUGGAAACGGAAAGGGCCCGCCUGGCCAACUACAACCAGAGUGACAAUUUGUACAAGGAAGCCAACAAAAACUCAAUGGCUACUGGAUACCUGAUGACCAAUGACACUCCCGUCGUCAAGCAAGUCAAGAACAACAGCUUGGUCGCCAGCAGUGUCAAGUACAAGGCAGCCUACGAGAUGAUGAAGGCAACAGGCUACACCCUUCACCCAGAGGGUGUCACCUUUGUCAACACCAGGAAGGUCAACCAGGUCAUCAACCCGCGUCUAUAUCGCGAGCAAUACGAGAAGGAUAAGGACAAGAUCCACUCUACCCUUGAUACCCCGGACAUCAGACAAGUGAAGAUGAACCAGGAGCACCUCAGUGAGCUGUGCUACAGAGAGAAGUACAACAACACCAAGGGCCAGUUGAUCAACAUGCCCAUGACGCCCCAGCUCAUGCAUUGCCAACACGUCAACCAGAUCACCAGCGACCUGCGCUAUAAAGAGGAUCUGUUGUGGCUCAGAGGCCUGGGGUGCUUCAUGUAUGACACGCCAGAGAUGGUCAACGUCCGCAACAUCACCAAGUUCAAGAACAACUAUCAAGUGGAGGCCAAGAAGAACCACAGCAAGUUCUCCGUGGUGCUGGACACACCUGAGUACCAACGUGUGACUGAACUCAAGAGCCACAUGAGUAUGAUGAUCUACAAAGCCCAAAGCAAGGCCGACAUGGCCAGGGUCAGCAACACUCUGGACUCAGUGGACAUCCAGAGAUCCAAGUGGGCCCAGCAGCUUUCCAACAAGUUCCUGUACACAGAUCUGGCCUCCAAGGAGAGAGCCCACUUCAGCCAGGAGGUUGAAACCCCAGCAAUGGGCCUCGCUAGGACUAUGAAAGUGACCAACAGCUAUAACAAAUACAAAGAGCAGUAUGAGAAGAUGAAGCACAGGUACACAUCCAUCGCUGAUACACCCAUCCUGAUCCGUGCCAAGAAGGCCUAUCUGCAGUCCAGUGACCUGAGAUACAAGGAGACCUUUGAGCGGAGCAAGGGCCACUACCACACCGUCAAGGAUGCACUGGACAUCCUCUGCCACCGGAGGGUCACCGAUGACAUCAGCGAGGUGAAAUACAGGGAAAAGUACAUCAACUCCCUGGGAACAUGGAAAUCCAUCCCUGACCGCCCAGAGUUUUUCUUCAACAGGAUUGUGGGCGAAAACGUCAGCUCCGUCAAGUACAAGGAGGACCUUGAAUGGAUGAAGGGUAUUGGAUGCUUUGUGUGGGACACGCCUGAGAUGGUGCAGGCGGAUAUCAACAAGACGCUGUACAGCGGGAGACUUUACAAAGCCUCCUUCGAGAAGAACAGAUACAACUUCAAGUACACCUGCGACACGCCGUUCUUCCACGCCGCCAAGAACGCCUCCUCACUCAUCAAUGAGAGGUCAUAUAGAUCGUCUUAUGAGAAGAACAAGGAUAAGUUCACCAUUACCACAGACGAUCCUAGAUACCAGCUGGCCAGGGAGAACAACAAGAUGAGCCAGUGGAAAUACAGGGAGCAGUAUGAGCGUGUCAAGUCCAAGUUCACCUCCAUCCUGGAGACCCCUGAGUACGAGUCCCACAAGCGCAGCAAGAAAAUCGGUGAUAUCGUCUACAGGAUGGAGUACAACAAGAACAAGGCCAAGGGAUACAGCCUGCCGUACGACACACCGCACCAGAACCACAUGAAGAAGGUCCAGGCGCUCACCAGCAACCUGAAGUACAGAGAGGUGUAUGAGAAGGCCAAGUCGCAGAUCAACAUGGACCCAGAUGCUUUCGAGAUCCGCGCCGCCAAGGAGGCAUACAAAAACACCACCAACCUGGACUACAAGAAGAAGUACGAGGCCACUAAGAACAAGUGGAUCUGGACCGUCGACAGGCCUGACUUCAUCAGCCACUCCAGGAACACCCUCCAGCAGAGUGACGUUGAGUACAAGUACGACAAAGAGAUGAUGAAGGGAUGUGUGAUACCAAUCGUGGAUGACAAGAUCACUCUUUUGGCCAAGAAGGGCUGCGAGAUGGCCAGUGAUAUAAAGUAUAAGGAGAAGUAUGAAAAGGCGAAGGGACACUAUAACCCUGUUGCAGACAGUCCACAGAUCCUACAUGCCAAGGCUGUGCGCACUCUUGCAUCUGAGAGCAAAUAUAAGGAGGCUAGUAAGAAGGAGAUGCAGUCCGGCUCAUUCACUACCCUGCCCGAGACCAGAGACACGGUCCACAGCAAGGAGGUUAACAAGCUUAUCAGCGGGAAAUUAUACAAGUCGAAGUUUGAGAAGGAGAAGGGCCAGUCUAAGUACAACCGGAUGAUUGUUCCACCUGAUGUUCAGCACGCCAUGGACGUGGCCAAGAGCCAGAGCAGUUAUGCCUACAAGCGUGACGCCAAAGACAACCUUCACUACACCACCACGGCGGACCGCCCCGACAUCAGGAAGGCCACCCAGGCUGCCAAGCUCAUCAGUGAUGUGGGCUACCGUGAGAAGGCUCGCGCGGAGGCCAGCCGUGGGGGGUCCCUGACCUACCGCCCAGACAUCGCUCUGGCCACCGAGGUCUCCAAGCUGACCAGCCUGGUGAAGUACCACGAGAAGUUUGAUAAGGAGAUGAAGGGAAAGAAGCCAAAGUAUGACCUGAAGGACAGUAAGAUAUACCAGACCUUGAAGGAUGCCACCAACCUGGCUAGUGAGGUGAAGUACAAGGGGGACCUGAAGAAGCUCCACAAGCCUGUGACGGACAUGGCCGAGUCGCUGUCCAUGCAGCACAACCUGAGCACCAGCAAGCUGUCCAGUGACUACCGGUACAAGAAGAAAUUUAAGGACAGUAAGGGUCACUACCUUGUGAUCGCUGACACACCAGAGCAGCUUCACCACAAAGAGGCCACUGAGCUACAGAGCAGCGUGAAGUACAAGGCGAAGUAUGAGAAGGAGAAGGGCAAGGCCAUGCUGGACUUUGAGACUCCCACCUAUGUGAGCACCAAGGAGGCGCAGCAUAUGCAGAGCCAGAAAGACUAUAAGAAGGACUAUGAGGAGGGAAUGCGGGGCAAGAACCUCUGUGGCUUGGAGGUCACACCCGCCAUGAUACAUGUCAGACACGCUACCAAAAUAGCCAGCGAGCGAGAGUACAGGAAGGAUCUAGAGGAGGGGGUGAAGGGUAAAGGGCUUUCAGCACCGGAGGAAACUCCUGAGCAUUUGCGGGCAAAGAAUGCCACUCAUAUCCUGAGUGAGAGGGAGUACAAGAAGUCCCUGGAGCUGGAGAUCAAGGGCAAGGGCAUGUUGGCGUUGGCCACGGACACCCCCGACUUCAUGAGGGCCAGGAACGCCACGGACAUCCUCAGCCAGACUAAGUACAAGCACACGGCGGAGCUGGACAGAGCCAGCUUCACCUCCGUCAUCGACACGCCCGACAUCAUCCACGCCCAGCAGAUGAGGAACAUCAUCAGCCAGAACAAGUACAAGGCAGAGGCUGGGAAAACCAUGUCCCACUAUGUGCCUGUGUUUGACACCCCGGAGAUGCAGAGAGUGCGCGAGAACCAGAAGAACUUCAGCACCCUUCAGUACCAGGCAGACCAUAAAAUCAUAAAGGGAAAAGUGUUGACCGUAAAGGACACCCCUGAAAUGCUCCGUGUUAAAGAGAAUACAAAGAAUUUCAGCUCGAUUCAGUACAAAGAUGACCUGGGUGGGGGCACCACGGUGCCUAAGACCCCAGAAAUGGAGCGGGCUAAGAUGAACCAGCGGAACAUUAGCACGAUUCAGUACAAAGAUGACCUGGCAGGAGGCACCACGGUGCCUAAGACCCCAGAAAUGGAGCGGGCUAAGAUGAACCAGCGGAACAUUAGCACGAUUCAGUACAAAGAUGAUCUGGCAGGAGGCACCACGGUGCCAAAGACCCCAGAAAUGGAGCGGGCUAAACUCAACCAACGGAACAUUAGCACGAUUCAGUACAAAGAUGACCUGGCAGGAGGCACCACGGUGCCUAAGACCCCAGAAAUGGAGCGGGCUAAACGCAACCAGCGGAACAUUAGCACGAUACAAUACAAGGAAUCUUUGGGCCAAGGCACGGCCAUUCAGGAUCUUCCGGAGGUGAAGCGGGUCCGAGAGAACCAGAAGCACAUCAGCUCGCUUCAGUACAAAGAAGGACUCGGACAAGGCACUUCUAUAUCAGAGACCCCCGAGAUGGAGAGAGUUAAACGCAACCAGCUGAACAUCAGCACGAUUAAGUACCGCAACACCGUGGGCAAAGGCACGGCCAUAUCGGAUCUCCCCGAAAUGAAGCGGGUCCGAGAGAACCAGAGGCACAUCAGCUCGGUGUUGUAUAAGGACAGUAAGGCCAAGGGAACCCCUGUCGUGUUCACUCCCGAGAUGGAGCGAGUCAAACGGAACCAAGAACACAUUAGCUCGGUGCUGUACUCGGACAGCUUCCGCAAGCAGGUGCAGGGCAAGGCCGCCUUCGUCCUGGACACCCCGGAGAUGAGGCGCGUCAAGGAGUCCCAGCUCAACAUCUCAGGAGUGAGAUACCACCAGGACCAUGAGAAGAGCAAGGGCUCCUUCACGGCGAUGGCGUCCUACCCCGAGAUGGAGCGCGUGAAGAAGAACACCCAGGAGUUCAGCGACAUCAACUACCGCGGCAUCCAGAGACGCGUGGUGGAGAUGGAGAGGAGGCGUGUGGUGGAGCACGAACAGGAGACCACCACCGAUCUGCGUGUGUGGCGCACCAACCCUGGCUCCGUGUUUGACUAUGACCCCGCCGAGGACAACAUCCAGUCCAGGAGUCUGCACAUGAUGUCAGUGCACGCCCAGCGUCGCAGCAAGGAGCACUCCCGUUCCACCAGCGCCAUGAGCGGCCCGGCCGACGAGAAGUCUGAGAUGUCCCACGAGGGAGACCACCACAUGUCCACCUACAGCAACGGCUUCGGAGCCUCCUCCGUCGGCUACCAGACUACUAAGACUGUGGAGCUGCAGCAGAGGUCUUCCUCAGUGGCCACCCAGCAGACCACUGUCUCCUCCAUCCCAUCCCACCCCUCUACCACCGGGAAAACGGUGCGAGCCAUGUACGACUACGGCGCGGCCGACAACGACGAGGUGACCUUCAAGGACGGCGACGUCAUCGUCAACGUGCAGUCCAUCGACGAGGGCUGGAUGUACGGCACCGUGCAGCGCACCGGCAAGACCGGCAUGCUGCCCGCCAACUACGUGGAGGCCGUCUAGACGCAGAGGCCCCGCCCACCCACCCACCCUCGUCCUCUCUCUCGGGAGUGGGCGAGAGACAGCCACAGGGGGAAAAGCGGAUUGGUCAAUCCCGCUCGAUGUGCUCGCGUUACCGUGGGCAACGAAGUGCAAUGUUGUUGUUUGUUUGUUUUUGUUUGGAGGAUCUGCUCGCUAUGUAAUCGUGGUAGAAUUGUAUGUGAAUUUAGUUAUUGUUUGUACGACUCUUUCUCUUCCUUCCUGUGGAUUUGACAUGAUAUAGACACCUGAACGGACAGAAAAGCAAUAUAAAUAAUGAAUAAAUACAGAGCGUAUCGAAAUGAUAUGAUAGACUAAAGCGGUAGAAGAUGACAUGACCCAUCUAGGAAUAACAAUAUCACUCAAAGUACUGAGGUACUUGUAUUGUACUGUUGUAUUGUAAAACCACCCUAUUUAUAUAAAUCCUAUGUUUGUCAAAUCGCGAAUAGCUCAGACGAACUGUGUUAACGCGGGCAAAUCCAUAUCUAAAGGUAGUAGAAGUAUGAAACCUGAAGCAAAAUGAGUGACCUUAACGUAGUAGAAACGUUGAGUUGAUUAUGAAGAAAUAGAAUAUAAACGUGGCGUCUCCAACCCUCUCCUCCACGGUGAAACCAGCCCUUAAGAGUUCUAUGAGAUAAGCCUCACUCUUCCCUCCUUCACAGGGCUGGCCACUAGUAGUAAACGUGUGUUUUGUUAAGUCUGGUGAACUCUGUGCCCUUUAAUCAGUAGUGAAUAAAGCACACCAAGCUCCUGCAA